CAACAGCAAGACGCACAGGGAUAAAAGCAAAUGCAUCUAUGGAGGGCAGAAUUAGCUUGUAUUUCCCAACAUGGUGCUGUUGUGAUGAAAUGUCAAUGAGAAAACACUGAAAUCAGAUCUGAAAUAUAAACCGCUUUAUUUGUAUUUUUAUUUGAGAUAAAUUUGCAGAAAUAGAAAUCUAGACUGUAAACAACACAUCUAAGAGCAACCGAAAUUUAAGAAGUGGUAAAGACAUGGAUGGUAAUAUGGGUGAGAUGUCUGUACACAGUCACGACAGCCGAGCCAUGCUGCACUCUCGGGAUAUCACGGCUGCCUUCCCUCGUCCCUCUCUGGGGGGCCCUUCCAUGGGCCUGGAGUCAGAGCACCAGAGCCCUGGGUAUGACCACAGCAUGACAACACUGGGGUAUGGUAGGGAUGUACCAACCAGCUGCGGCAGCACAUACACCACAUUGACACCUCUUCAGCCCUUUGAUGAUAAAUUCCAUCACCAUCAUCACCACCCCUGCCUGCCUGUCAGCAACGUCAUCGGCAGCUUUACUCUAAUGCGAGACGAUCGAGGUCUGGCGGGAAACUACUACACUUCGUACGGAAAAGACUUUGGUAUAGGACAGGGUCUGUCUUCUCCGCUGGGUAGUGCAGGCUUGGAGACCGCCAUGCAUGGCUAUGGUAGUCUAGGAAGUCAGAAUGGACACACUAGCCAGAUGCUUCCAGGUGGCCAUGAAGUCCAUAUGGGCAGCAAUGGGGGUAACAUCUGUCGAACAGUGCCAGACUUUGGGAGGGAGAUGUCACCACCCUCUCUGGGGGCCGAGCAUGGGGUCAGCCACCAGCUAAACAAAAUGGAUGCCCAUCAGCACACUCCCACCUACCCACCCCAUAUAUACAACCAGAGUUAUCAGCACCAUCUCCCCAGCCAACAGGCCACCAAGCUGGGGGAACUCACCUCUUCCUCCCCAUCCUCUUCUGGCUCCAGCCUGGGAAGAGAGGGCAUGCUAACUGGUUCCCAGAACAGCGGAGCAGGAGAGGAGAUCAACACCAAAGAUGUGGCACAGAGAAUCAUCACAGAACUAAAGAGAUACAGCAUCCCACAGGCCAUUUUCGCUGAGAGGGUUCUGUGCAGGUCUCAGGGCACUCUGUCAGACCUGCUCAGGAACCCCAAACCUUGGGGGAAACUCAAGUCUGGCCGUGAGACCUUUAAGAGGAUGUCCCGCUGGCUACAGGAGCCAGAGUUUCAGAGGAUGGCCUCAUUGCGUCUGGAAGCUUGUAAGCGCAAGGAACAGGAGCAAUCUAAGCUGGAGCGAAACCAGGGACCCAAGCGUACUCGGCUGGUCUUCACAGACCUGCAGCGUCGCACACUUUUGGCCAUUUUCAGAGAGAAUCACCGACCAACCAAAGAUCUGCAGAUUACAAUCUCCCAGCAGCUGGGCCUUGAGCUUUCCACCGUAAGCAACUUCUUCAUGAAUGCUCGCCGGAGAAAUGUAAACCGGUGGACCGAAGAGGGCCGUCCAUCCUCCACUGGCUCAUCGGGGUCCUGUACCGUCUCUCCUGCUGUGACCUGCUCCACGGCAUGAAAGGAAAACGAAGCGUUUUAGCUCUGUGCAGGUUUACCUGUAGCUAAGAGAGUUUGGGAUUUUUAAUCAAGGGUCUUUUUAUAUAGAAAUCAAAAGCAUAUGAAACCAAAGAUGAAGUCUUUACAAGGGUGAUGUCCAGAGUUGUCUAGACGAGACAGGAUUUGAUUGUAGUUUUAGUGAUAAUUUUAGCUUUGAUUGCAAAGUACAAAAGCCCAACAUAUUAGUGCUCAUGAAAUCAUUCACAAAGCAACUUAUUGAGUCUCUGUGGAUGGUUAUGAGAAGGUAGCAAACAGAUAUUGAAUCGGUUUGUAUAUUAUUUUAUAAUCUGCUUCACAAUUUAAAAUCAGUGCAAGGUCUAAACGGUUCUGAUUUUUCUUUGUUGAUGGUGACGGAUGGAAAGUCUGCGUUAAAAAGAUAUAAGGAAGUUCUAGGUUCUUCAAAACGAUUUUUCGAAAAAUAAACAAUUAUGACCAAAGAAACAAAGGAUGAAAUCUUUUUUUUUUUUUGUGGGGAAAAAGUACUGGACAAAGAAACUGCAGCUUAAACCAAAAUACGAACACAUUUUUCAAAAGCUUGUUUUCUUUUUUAUACUCAAAGUUGAAAUCCUGUGCUGAAAUUACAGACAGCCAGGCCAUGUCUAAUAGUCCACUUGUCGAAAAAGGAAUCUACUUUGGGACAACUACAGUACAGGAUGGAAUCACAUCCUCUCAAACAGUGAGGUUGAACUGAAGACGCAGUGGUGGGGAGGGGCAGCCAUGACACUUUUUGCAACAGCCUUCAAACUUGGCCGAUUGAUUGGAAAACCUCAUGUGAAUUUCUGUUGAUUAGCUGUGAAAAGGAGACCAGAAAGAUAUCUCCUCUGGCAUCAGAAAACAGUUGAUUUCACAAAUGAUUUAUCCGAUGUCACACUGAGGAUGGAGAAAUCUUUCCACUUUUUUUGUACAAAUUUCCAAGCACACAAGCUGGCCGAUGGCUGUUCUUCCUGGAAAGCUUAAAAUCUCCUAAACCGCAAUGAAAAAUACUAAACACAAUGUUGAAGCUUGAAUUGAAACAUGAACUGAGAACCACUUUGUGUAUUUAUAAUUAUUUAUGUAUUUAUUUCCAAUCUUCUAGCUAUUUAUUUUAUUUAUUUGCUAUUUACCGUCAGUAUUUAUUUCUGUGUUGUUUGUGUAUGAAAACGACCCUGUCUCUGAUAGAGUCCCAAUACCAAAGAUGAAUAUUUGUCCUCCCUGAAUUUCCAGAUUUUCUCAUCUCCUGAACGCUGUGUUCUUAGUAUCUCAACAUCCAGGCUAGUGUUAAAACCAUCCAUGGUUCAUACUUCACAUGUGCUGCAUGUUUAGACCCUUUACUUCACAGCCUGACUGAACAGAUCAAGACUUAACAUAUAGAUUCUAAUGAUUUCUACCAGCUGUGCAUGAAAACUGCACAAAAAUGGCUGUGAAUGCCAGAUGAUUCUAUAUUUAGACUAUUCAGUCUGGCUGAGCACUGGGUGCGGAUAUUUAACUGUGAUCUCCUGCACUGCAGUUCACAUUUAUUGUACGUCGCUUAUGGGUGCUGCUCCCCAGUCUCUCGGGGUGGGUUAUGUUUGGCGUCAAGGGAGAAAUCGUCCCUAUUUCAAUGCUCUUUCUCAUUCUCCAGUGUUUAACCUUUGCAGGGCAUGUAGUGAGGCUCUUUCACAGCAUGCAUUUGAAAGAGGGUCCUUGAAAGAGGCCAUCGACUUAUGCCAACUUCAAAGAGGCUCUUUUUAUCUGUGUCCUCUCGGAGGCUGGGGCCGGCACUCUGCACUUGGUCAGACCCAUGGGGGGCAGAUCAGAGACUAGCGGCAUUACCAAA